CUUACUGGAGAGUAUUUCUCCACCGCCACCUCCUUCUCGGUUUCAUUCACUCCUUCCUGCCUGGCCAAGCAGAAAAUUGGCGAGGCAAAGGCAAAGCUGAGGCCUGCCCCACAAGAACCUUCCCUCAAAAGGUUGCUGUUCCGUGUUGCUCCGCUACAUAUCACUAGCCAAGCAGGCCCUGCCCUCUUGAGUUCUGCCACCAUGGAAACGCGAUCCCUUCUCAGGCAAAUAAUUGGCUACGGCAUGCCCUUUGGCAUCCUUAUUCUUUUGACCGUGGCUGCACAGGUUGAUGGGCAAGUUUCUGCUACUUCAAACACACGGCCUGUGGGGAGCACCUCCUUUACCCCCACGCCAGGUCUCACAUCUGAAAGGGUGAGCACAGAGCUUGCAACCUCACCCUCUCCAGCCAAGCCUUCUGCUCUCCCCUUGUCUCAGUCCACUGCUGCAGCUAAAAAAACGUCUCUAAAAGCAACCACUGCAGAGGCUACUCUCCAAGAUAGCAGCACAGAUGAAGAUGACCAUAGAUCAAGCAUCCAUCCCUCUACCACAGAAACAGCUGUUGUGGGACAAAAAAUUGCAGUCAGCCCUACCACAGAAGCAGCUGUUGUGGGACAAAAAAUUGCGACCAGCCCUACCACAGAAGCAGCUGUUGUGGGACAAAAAUUUGCGACCAGCCCUACCACAGAAGCAGCUGUUGUGGGACAAAAAUUUGCGACCAGCCCUACCAUGGAAGCAGCUGUUGUGGGACAAAAAUCUGGUACAACCAGUGGCAUGGCGAACCCUCUCAAUACAACAACAGCCCCUCUCAAGACGUCCGUUGGAAGUUCACUCGGCCUCAAACCAAGGUCAAAUUCAAAACAGACUACCAAGGGUGAAGCACGUCCAAGUCCGACACCAAAACAAGAUGUGUUAGAUGACACCAAAACGACUGACAACCGCACCCUUCGGCCUGCUCAGCGGCCCCCAACCACGACAGCUGUCCCCCAAACACCAGGCACUGCCCGUGUCCCAAGAGCAAGCCCUGAGGAGAAGAAGAACCACACUGGAAUAAUUGUGGCCGCUGUCCUCUGUGCCCUUCUGCUCCUGAUCGUCUUGAUUGCUGUCCUCCUUUGCAGGCGAAGGCGCCGCUCUGGCUCAACCAGCUUCAAUGAAAGGUGGGCAGGACAGGCAGCGCUGCCAGACGACUUGGCCUUGGACCGGGAUGUCGAGCAAGGGGCAGCGCCUGCAAAGGAGGAGGAGACCAAGCGCAACACACUCAUCACGUUCUCCGGCAAGCGUCAGUCGAGGGUGCCUUCAGUAGCCAUGGAGGAAAUAGGCGAGAAAGGAGAGAGAGAGGAGAACCAGAAACUGCUUUGUAGAGAUGCUGGCGGAGGCUCCAGCCCAGAGGCUUCUGGGCAGGCAAAUGGUAAACUCCCAGAAUCCACCAUGCAGUCCUCUCAGGAGAUCGUGUUAUCUCCACCCCCAGCUAACCAGGAGUAGCCUCUUCCGCAAUGACCAAUGGAGGACACACUUCUUACUGUAUGCCCCUUUCUACCCCCCUUCAAGUAGAUUAGGACACUCCAUUGGCCCUCUCCCCGGUCCGUUAGGAGCUGGUGGAAGGGCAGAGGAGCCCAAGAGAGAAACGCUUGCAUCACCAGUGUUUCCGACCACAUCCUUUUUCCUGUUUGUAUGGUAUCUGCAAGGUAGAGACAGUGAUCUUAAACCAGGAGUCCUGGUUUCCCAGCCACCUUUGCCUUAGUCUCACCAAACCUCUUUUUCCUUCUAGAAGACAAGGGGUUUGAGCUGUUGCUUUUUCGCAGCUUGGUGUGGUUGUGCAGGUGGAAAAUCCAGGGCUACAAAGAGGAGGGAGGUUGUGCUGGAGAAACAAGGGCCUUCUAUUUGUAGCAGAAAGUCUUGGUCGCCAUUUUCAGAAAGAGGGUAAAUUGACGACGUCAAAUUUGCUGCAAUUUUCCACCACGUCGAAAAUAGUUGUGGGCGAUGAGCCCUAUUAUCAGAACCAGUUUGCGGGGGACUUUUAGCGCAGAAGUGCGAAUAGGCUAACCAGAUAUCCCAACCCUAUUCUUUAAAUCUAUAUAGGCCAGUGGACAUAUGGACACUCUUCUUAUUUACCGUAAUUCAGGUAUCAUCCCAAAUCUUUCCAACCAGACAGCUUACUGCUUUGUAUCAUAUCAAAAGUACAUCUUUUCAAGCAGCCAGUGAACGAACCCUUAUUAGCCAAUUCUCCAGGAUCUGUUCCAGGGUAAGCAGAGUAUAGAUGCUUGUAAUUUAAAGUAGACCACAGAUAGGAGGAGUGUAGCCAGACUGAUGGGCAAUAUUUAUUUCUGGAUAACCAUUACAGUUAAGUGGGUUUACAACAUUACAGAUUGUUGCCUCUUUGGACCAAUUAUCAAGGCAUUGGAGAGAGUUCUCCGUGAUUUAUUUAACCAGGAGUUGAGGAUUCUAACUCAUUUGGAGUGUGAGGCAACAAUUUCCUGAGAGGUAGCAGCAAAAACAACAAAGAGGCUUAAGGCACCAUAGAGACAAAUGAAUUAAUAACUUGAAUCCUCUUUAUCUGAUGAAGUGGCUUCUAAUCCACAAAUACUUAUGCCACAUACAAAAUUUGUUUGCCUAAGAUGAAAGAAGCUACACUGUUGUUUUGGCUGAGAUAAUAUGUGGUAAUCAUCUCAUACUUAUUAGUACCAAAUUGUUAACGAUACUUUUGUGAAUAGGCACUUAGGGAAACCAAACCAAAGAAUCUCCAAAAGUUUUUUAUUGCUUUUCUGAAAGCCAGUGUUAGGGCACCACCACAAGACAGAUGCUUUAAAAUCCUCACAGAAUUACAGGUUCCAAAGUUCAUUGGAGGAGAAAACAUGGCAAUUAUCCCGGUUUUGCUCCAAUUUAAAUUUCUGCUGCAGGUCAUAAUCUGCAACAGUGUUCGCCCGCACAAGCCCCAAUGAAAUAAAUAGGAAGAGCUGUGCAAGAGGCCAUCUGCCAUUUUCCCAACUUGGCUCUCCUCCAUUCACCCUCUUGAUAACCCUGUGUAGUGUUCACUUUAUAUUCAAUUGCUGUUUGCAUCAAUUUGUUGUGUUUCCCCCCACAGAUUUAUUUUGUGUGUGUUGCCAUAUCAAAAUAUAUCAAUAAAGAAGUUUUACUUUGGUUUAA